UUAAAUAAAUACCGUCGACUCGGUGAUCGUCCGCAGUAGUCGUGUCAGGAUUGCUGCUGUUAUGUAUCUUCGAGUAACAGUCGAAUACAUUUUUUUUCUUCUUUUUAAAUCCCGUUAGUUUCAAUUUUGAGAAAAAACGUUGUCCGAACGGGUUUAAAAAUCAAACAUAAAGCGAAAAAGUCGCACACGCGAUACGCGCACGUUUCUAAACAUCGUAUAUAUACCAGUACCUACUGUUAUGGCGGUAUCGUGGAUUUCGAUCUCGUUCUUGUUGACAGUCUGUUGCUAUUCCUCCUCGGCCAUCAUCUCUCCGGUUGACGCCAGCAGAAUCACGCCGAGGGUGCGAGUCGAGUCGGGUGAACUUUCUGGUGGUGUAGAUUACACGCUUACCACCAAUCGGCCUUUUUAUUCUUUUCUGGGCAUUCCCUAUGCCAGCCCACCAGUACACAAAAAUCGUUUUAAGGAAGCACAACCAGUGAAACAGUGGGUGGGCGUAUGGAAUGCCACCAUCCCGGGAAGUGACUGUAUAGGACUAGAACAGGGUUCGUUCAAAGUAGUCGGCCAAGAAGAUUGUUUGUACCUUAAUGUCUACACGCCAAAGCUACCCCAAGAAGGGCUGCUGGAUGGUGGGUUGAUGAACGUGAUCGUGUACCUCCACGGCGAAGCGUUCCAAUACGGGUCCGGAAUCGGUCACACGCCACAUUAUCUGUUGGAGGGAGGAGACGACGUGGUGUUCGUCACGAUCAACUACCGCUUAGGCCCGUUGGGGUUCGCGAGCACCGGCGACGACAUUCUGCCCGGCAACAACGGCUUAAAGGACCAGGUCGCCGCGCUGAAAUGGGUUCAACGAAACAUCGCGGCGUUCGGCGGCAACCCGGGGGCGGUCAUGCUCGCCGGCACGUCAGCGGGUGGGGUCAGCGUCCAUUAUCACUUAGUGUCGCCCAUGUCGCUAGGUCUGUUUAAUCGAGCGAUUGCGUCGAGCGGAAGUGCUUAUUGUCCCUGGGGCUACACCGAAAACGUUGUUCAGAAAACCAAGCAGUUAGCCGAGUACCUGGGAUGUCCCACGUACUACUCGAAGGAUACCGUAAAAUGUCUUCGGUCGAGACCGGCAUUUAUUGUCUCAGAAACUUUGAAAAACUUCUUGCCAUGGAUGUUCGAUUCAUUUACGGUAUUUGGUCCGACCGUCGAACCACCCGGAGUAGAUCGGUUUUUAACAGACUUGCCUGAGAACCUACCGGUCCAGAAUGUCCCGUUGUUAUUUAGUUUCACUCAGUACGAUGGCCUCUAUCCUUUCGCUGGAUAUGUAACUCACGAACAGACCUUGGUUGAAAUGGAAUCCAAAUGGAAUGAAAUCUUACCAUUUGUACUCGACUACAACAACACUGUUUCGGACGAAUCAUUGAAACCUGAAAUUGCACAGAAAAUUAAAACAUUUUACUUUGGAAAUAAUUCGGUAUCUGUAAACACCAAAAACAACGUAAUUGAAAUGAUCUCGGAUCGGAUGUUCAAAGAACCUGUGGCUAGAGCAGCCAGGCAUUUGGCUUCAAAAAACACAUCACCGGUAUACUUUUAUGAGUUCGGUUACAAGGGUAAAUACUCAUUUGCAGACACAUUUUCAAAAUUUGGACACUCCGAAGGCUUAGGGGUAUCGCACGGAGACGACAAUAUAUACGUGGUUAAGACCACUUACGGACAUCCACACGACAACAUAGAAGACGCAAAGUUGAUUCCACUCAUGGUAAACAUGUGGUCGUCGUUCGCUAAAACGGGGAUUCCGGACUUAGGAAGUAAUUCUACAGUAUGGUCACCGGUGUCCAAAAAUCCCGCAGACCCGUUAAGAUUGGUCAAGAUCACUCAAGGCCAAACGGCUGAGUCUCUAGAACUCUUGGAUCCCGGUAACCAUACGUUCUGGAGUAUGUUGCCGCUAACCGAGUUUUCUACAGCCGCUGACUUGUCGACUAAUGUUAACCGAGUCGAACUCUAGGAAAAUAAAAAUAAAAUCAAAAUAAAACAUUACUUUACUGCUGUUUUAACAUAUUUAAAACUGAUGUAUUUUUU